ACUCGGGCCAUUUUUUUCAGUUAGGGCAUUCCUUUCCUUCUCUCGCUGGAAGGCCCAAAAACCUUGAAACGAAGCCAACUGCAGCGAAAAACCCCGCCACCGUGUGCUUCCCCUCUCUUCCUUCUUCCCGCUCGCUACCGCCGCCGUUCAGUCGACCUAUUCUCUUCCUCCGUUCAGCCUCUGACUCUCGCUUGCGCCUCCACCAUCAUCAUUAUGAUCAGAGGAGGGAGGAACUAUGUGUCUUCGCCGCCGGUUUUCUCCAACGACUCCAAACGCCUCUUGGUUUGCGCCGGCAACUCCGUCGCCGUCUUCAGCACGGACACCGGCUUGCAGGUAGCGUCGUUAGACGGCCAUGCGGCGCUUGUGACGGCGGUGAUAGUGGUGCCGGCCAGCACUCCAGGGAGUAAGAUACUGUGCUUUUGCUGGACGGCUUCACUCGAUGGAACCAUUCGGUAUUGGGAUUUCGCAGUUCCGGAGAUGAUUAGGAGUGUUGGUAUUAAGCUCCCUGUUCACUCCAUGGUGAUUCCCUCUUUGUUUAACCAUUUAGUGGAAAAGAGUGAAAAGGCCGUAAAAUCUUUCGCUUACAUUUGUGUUGAAGCUAAAGAAGAAGCAGAAGAUAGGGCUAAAGGCUUAUUUCAAGUCAGAAAAUGUAAUUUAACCGACGCUCGUUUGGUAGGAGGAGCAGUAUUGGCAGAGAUGAAGAAACCAGAGAUAAUUACAAUGAGCUCUUGUGGUCAACUUUUGGGUGUCCGGAGAAAGCGUAAGCUUGACAUAUGGAAAGUGCCAUCUACUGAUUCUGGUCGUGCAGUGCUCAAGAAGAUUACCCUACAUCAUACAAAGGCCCUGACGGUUAUUGCGUUCCAUCCUACCGAGAGAAUUCUUGCUGCAGGUGAUGCGACUGGGAGAAUUAUGAUAUGGAGAGGUUUUGGAAACAAAACGUUUGCCAUGGCCAAUGGGCAUGUAAAUGGAAGUUCAAUGAUUACGGAUGAAGAAAAUCCUGGUGUGAGGGGUAGUGAUGACGCUGAGUCAUGUACAACAUGGCACUGGCACCCUGCUCAAGUGAAUUUGCUCUCCUUCUCUUCUGAUGGAGCUUAUUUACUUUCUGGGGGGAAAGAAGGUGUUCUUGUAGUCUGGCAGGUGGACACUGGGAAGAAGAAAUUUUUACCGCGAAUCGGAUCUCCACUCUUACAUUUUACAGACUCUCCAGAUCCUUCAUUUUCAUCAAUAUCUUGUGCAGAUAAUCAGAUCCAUCUAGUUAGAAGGCCUUCAAUGGAAAUCUUGAAGUCUAUCUCUGGAAUAAAGCUUCCAUAUUCGCAUCCAGAGAUAUCCAAGGGUAUGUCAAGUGGGGUUUCCUUUGAUCAGAAUGCUGGCUUGGUUGCCUUACGCACCGAGAGUUAUGCAGUCCAGUUAUACAGCCUUUUUGAUGAUCGCGGAAUUUCAGAGGUUCAAGUUUAUGAGAGAAAUCACCAACCAGUUGAUGAAGUCACGAUAGUUGUGACAUCUGUAGUUCUAUCUCUAGAUGGUUCUAUGUUGUGUACUUCUGAGGUGAAACUGCCUGAAGAUGGCUUGGGACACCUUGUUUGCCUUAAGUUUUGGUUCUCAAAGUCGAAGGCUGGAGAUUUCAGCUUGUCAACCAUUGUUUAUGAACCACACAGGGAUGCUGGAAUCUCUGCUAUCGUAUUUCAUCCCAACCGUCGAAUGGCUGUCAGCUCAUCUUUUGGUGGGGACUUUAAGAUUUGGACUUCCAACAGUGGGGCUCCCAUGAAAGAAGAAAGUCAGCCAAAUUCCGGAUGGAUUUGCCAUGCUGUUGGGUCCUACAAAAAAAAGCCAAUGACAGCAGCUGCUUUCUCCCCUGAUGGUUCUGUUCUGGCUGUUGCAGCUGAAACUGUUAUCACAUUGUGGGACCCUGAUAAGAACCUUCUUGUGGCUGUAAUUGGCGAAGCUAUUACGCCAAUCGUUGCCCUCUCGUUUGUUGGCAACUCGGACCAUCUUGUAUCGGCAUCUUGGGGUUCAAAGCCACAACUUGCUGUUUGGAGUCUGUUGAAUCUCUCCACAUGUUGGUCUUACAGGCUCCACGUAGAAGCUAUAGCCAGUUCUCCGGACAGUUCCUCUUUUGCUGCUCUCGUCCUCAUUUCGGAAUCGGGUGGAGUCUACGACCCUAAUGAAAAAUCUCAUAAAACAGUAGAUGGGUUGAUCUUGUUAUUCAAUUCUGCCGAACCGAAUCCUGUGGCUGUAUGGUCAGUCAAGAAGGCCAAAGGUGGUGCACUAGCGUUCAUCAGAAAUCAGUCUUCCGAUGAAGAGAGCUCAUCCGACCAGCAACAGGCUGCUCAAACACUGCUUGCAUACAUGAAUGCUGAUCACGAGUAUGUACUGUUCGAUCCACAUGGGACGGAAGCAGAAGAACUAAGCGUAACACGAUGGAAGAGUCAAAGCAGCCCCGAAGAAUCUGGGCAAGUUGGUUAUGCAUCUCUCUAUGGUGAGCUACUGCCGCCAAUUCCGUCGAGAAAACACACUCCGUGGUCUGUCCCAUCUUUCCCGACCGAAAGGCCUUGGGAGACGAUAUUCAGCGGACCAUCACACAAUCUUCCACCCCUUACUCUAUUAUGUGGCCCAUUUUUGGAAGCACUUUUCGAGAAAAGAACUGCAGUCGAAGAAUGAAUUGCCAAACGUCUCUCUACGCCACAGUUUUCAGUUGCAAUGAAUCAAUCAACAAGUUACUUUGCUGCACCAGGACGACAGACUUGAGGCCUCCAUUGAUGGGGCGAGAUCUUUGGCCGUAGGGAUCACAGCUCCCCAUCCAUCGUAUACGAAAGCAGAGCACUUGGAAGUGCUGGAAUCUUGUAACAUUAUCUAUUCGAGAGAACACGGUAGAGGUUAUUAGGAAAUUCAAUACCGUCUUUUUAAGGUUUGUACCUCGAUUUUGUUAUAUUAUAAUCAAUGGUGAAGAACAAAGAGGAACUAGGAAAUUCACUAUAGGCAAGGGUGUUUAGAUUCAUUGCGCGUCGUAUUGUUUCGUUGCUAUGUAUGAUGAACAACUUCAGGGUAAACUUCUAUGACAUCUUCUCAAGUUCAUCUCAUUUCCUCAACCCGAUAUGGUAGCAUCUUGAAAAUCAUUUUGCGCUCAAAGAUCUCAAGCGCAAAUCUCACAACAAAUAUUGAAUAUGUCACAAUAAUACACAAUCCAAUGCUAACUCUGAACUUGGCACGUAAUUCUUCAUAUGGUUAACAACAUCAGAUUCAUACAAGCAAUCAGGCAUUCGAAAUAGCAUAAUCAGCAGACAUCACAUUCAUAGCUUGCGUUCCACUUAGAUCAGUUCCUGCCGAGAGGCAGAGAUCGACAAGAGUACGUCUCCCUGAAAUCCGACUUCUUCUUCGAGGACGUAAAGAUCGAUGCAUAAACCUCCUUCGUGGCAUGAGCCGGUGCCACAGCAGCAGCCUUGAACCUCUUGUUGUUAGUGCCAGCACUCUCAAUCUUGCCAUUCAACUUCUCGGAUUUCGCAUUGACCUUCUCGACAUCUUUACCAUCAACAUUCCCAUGCUUCUUCCCACUCAAUCUCUUACCAGACUCCUCCAUCUCUCCACCAUUAGAGACGCCGCCUUCAGCUGCUGCAACAACAUCUCCAUUCCUGACCUUCUUCUGCUUCUUAUCUUUACCAACUCUAGCCCUAUCCUCCUCCAUCUUCUCCCUCAAAGCCUCCACUUCCUCUUCACUCCCAUUGAUCACAAUCUUAUCACACUCCUCAAACUCCUUGUAACAAACCAGACAAGCUUUCGACUUCACCUCGUUGAAAGCCUUGGCACUCAACACAUGCCCGCAUUUCCUCAACGCAAAGAACUUGUAGGUCCCAUUGAACUCCAGCCCAGUUAUCGGACACUGGAACCAGGCAUUGUUCGAUUCCCCACCGGGGAUCGGCUCCAAUUUGAUAUCAAUCAUAUCUUUCAAACCCCUAAUGUGACUAAAAGCUUUGGGCAGUUUCUUACCUAUCAGAGCCUCCACCAGAGACUCCUUAUUGAACACAUUUCCCAGUCGAUCCAUCACGCAAGGCUGCCGCAGAGUCUCGUAGGAGAGGGCGCAGUUCACCCACUUGGAAAGCCGCUGCUCGUUGGGGUCGACCUUGUCCGGCUUCUUCUCGGCGUACAUCUUGAGGUAGCAGUCGCGGGAUUCAGCCCCCGUCGCGCCGCCAUCGCCACCGCCGCCGCUGAGCCGGUGGCGCAGGGUGAGCGUGGAGAGAGCGGGGACCUGGGGGCCGCCGAUGGGGAUCGAGUCGUCGGAGAGGAGCUUCCCGUUGGCGGUGAAGUAGAAAGCGUCGGGGUUUCCAUUGUCGGGGAUCAGGGAGAGCUUCAGGUCGCGGAGGGUUUGGGGCUGCGAUGGAUCGAAGGUUAGGGUUUGGAGGCGGCGGGAAUUCGGGGUUCUGAGGAGAACCUGGAGCGAUUUGGGAUGCAUAUUUGGGGGAAAAUUUCUAGGGUUUGGGAUGACGAAAUUGAAUCGGGUAAGAUUGAGGAGAGAAAUCGGAAUUCUUUAUUGUGGAAGCGAAGGAAUGGUCGGCAAUGGUGGAAGACGAAGAACAGAGAAUAAAUACGUUUGUCAGAAGAGCUAAAAUUAUUAUAAGAAAAAGAAAAAGCCGAAAGCAUAUCCAAAGGCUGUGGGCCUUUGGAUACAAGCCCAGAAGCCUUAUUACAAGUCCAAUUUGAUUUGCUUGGGUUUCUAGCCCAACUUUCCUAGACCAACAGC